AUGUGACAGUUUAUUUUCCCACAAAUUUCGGUUUGCUUUCAAAUCUCGUUCGAACCCAGCUCGACGCUGACCCUCGUUUUUUCUCACCUUUUUAACGGCCAAACAAAUUACAGUUUUGAUUUCGUCGUGAGUUUACACAAUGCUUCGCAGCGGUGUGAGACUACGUACGCGCGAGGAGAACUCCGGCUUUUUUUCGGACAAUGCCAAUUCCGACGACAUGAAUCUCGUCGCUGUCGGUACGAAUGCAACAUCACCACCGAACCUGAAAAAGAAGCAUCGUAAGAAGAGUAAGAGUGAUCAGCCUGAGAAGCAAGUCAUCGAGCAGUCUUCAAGCGUUGAAACUGAGGAACCUUCUGUUGGUGUCAAGAAGAAAUCAAAGAAGAGUAAGAAUAAACAUGGCAAGAGUACUGAUGUUCCAGAUGAGAGGAAAGUCAUCAGAGGCAAGAGGAGACUACUGCAAAAACAGGAACAUGUUGAAGAAAGCAUUUCACCAGCGCAAAAAGCCAGAUCACCACCGAAGACAAGAUCGUCUAUUGGUAAAUCAUAUUCCAGUGAAGAUAAAGAGAAUGUAGUGAUUUUACUUGCACCAAAUGAAAACCAGAUUGAAACUUCUAUGGAGAAAUACACUAAGAGUCCAAAGGUGGUUAUGCAAAAGGAAAGAGUUGAUGCGUUUGAUAGGUCACUUGAUAGCUCAUUUGAAGAAUAUAUCAAUGCAGACACUACUACGACAGUGAAAAAAUCUCCGAGGAAUACAAACAGAGAUACUUAUGAGAUAAUAAAAGAGAAAUCACCAUUGAAAGAUAUUUCUACGAACAGUCCCAAGAGGGAGCUGCGGUCACAGAGGAGAAGCACGUUUGAAAUUCAAAAAGUUGAUGAAUCAUUGAAGUCUAAUACAGAAAAUACAAAACAGAGUAAAAGUAGCAAGAGAAGCACGUUUGAAGUACCACAUGAAGAAGAUUUGGAACCCAAAACGAAGAAACGUAACACAUUUGAGAUAAAAACUACAUCACCAGGUACAGAAAACAAACUACAAGUAAAAGAAAAUGAAGUUGAAGCGAAGAAUGACAGAAGAAGUACUUUUGAUAUCAAUGCAAAUGGUAUUUUGCCUUUGUCCAAGAAAAAGGGUACUAAUGUUAAUACACCUACAGUUGUUUUGCCAAGAGAUACACGCAACACAAAACGUGGCAGUUUUAAGAAAACAUCAUCAACUUUAAUCGUAGCAAAAAAGAGUCUAACCCCGUCUCCUUCAAUGAAAAAACGUGUUUCUGGUAAAAAAGAUGCUAAAAUCAAGAUUUCUGAUUCCCUAUCUUCACUCACAGAAUCUGGUAUUUCUUCACCAUCCAUGCUUCUACGCCGUGCGAGACAACUAAACCCACCAUCAGCAAAACGCUCCACACCUAAUCUUAACCUUUCUGUUAAGAUUGUGUCACCGAAAAAUAAAACACCUCAGCGUUCGACAAGUAAGGUAAAGAAGGUGCCUAACUACUCGGCGAUUCAUCAAAAUGCCUACGACAAGAUGGAGUCGCUCGAUGUGCAUUUACAGCGUAAAGCUGAUCGUGCGAAAGCUUUGCUUUCCGGGCAAAAGGUAUCGAUUCCCGGUAAGCGAACACCUUCUGUGUCUCAGGACGCCAAAACUAGAAAACAAUUGUUUUCUAUUUCGACUUCUAUGACCCGUACACGCUCCUCUGAUAUCCCUGUGAAUCCAAGUUUUAAAUUCACUACAAAACCCACGAAUUUCCCGGUUACUUUUGGUGUAACUACUACAAAGAAGCAGAUAGGUGCAGGUGAUGCAUCUGAUGUUAGGAAAACCAUGGAUACACCGAAGAAAAAAGCAGUACAAGGUAAUAAAUCGGUUGGUUUUAAUGUAACAACUCCGGUUACGACUCGCCUGCAGUCGAAACAUGUGAAGACUCCUCGGCCGACAAAAGAAGAGAUUUGGAAUGCGUACGGGACGAAGAUUCCUGUAGCUAAAACAAAUGCGCCUGUAAUUACACCGUCAGCAGUUGAAUUGCCGAGUAGUAAACUGCCAGUGAAGAGUCUGCGUCUGAAGGAGGUGGCUUCAGUCGCUACCAAGAGUAAACCGUCGACGGUCACCUUGGAUUCUCGCCGGAAUCAUAUUAAGGGUGUGCGCUCAAAUCGACGCUUUGAUUUGUUGAUGAGCAUGCGGAAAUAAGGAUAUUGAUUGAAAGGAAAUUUUUCAUUUUAAAUUCAUGUAGGUUUUUUGUGUAUUGUUGAUUUUAUAUAAGUGAGGAGUUUUUACAUUAUUAUGACAUUGUAUGAAAGCAUCACAUACUUUGUUUUUUGUUGGUCAAAAUCAUCAAAAUUUUAGGUGUAAGAAAUUUGUAGGUAGGUGUCAUGGAAAGAAGCAGUAAUUUCCUUUUUUUUAUAUACAUUUAGGUAGUGUCGAUGUGUAUGAUUUAUUGUAAAAUUGUUCAGUUAAUAAAUGAAUUUUUAGGAAAA